AUGGAAAUAAUUACUUCUCGUCCGCUCAUUAAAGCGCAGAAGUUCGUAAGCAAAGAAGAAUUAAUUAAGCUAGUCGACAUCUACAUGGAUAGGACUUUUGAUGAGGACAUACAAGUUAUUGAGGAGACUGGAGGAUAAAGAUUAAAAAUUAAAAUGUUUCUCAGCCAUAUGCGGUAUCCAGUGGCCAGACUACCUUGACUUAAGGAAAAGUGGACUAAAAUAGGCGCGCGUAUACACUACUGCGCAAAUAGUGUAAGGCCCAUUUAAAAUUCCACCCUCUUGAAUUUCCUGGCCUAAUAUUGUAGGCCAGCGCCAUCAUCUGUCGGGCGCGCCCUGAUAGUUUUAAUAGAGGAAGACUAUUUGAGGGGCAAGAUCUGUCUAGCCCACCUGACAGAGACAGGAAAACCUUUGGAGGAAAACAAAAUUUCCUCUUCGGCAAGGCGCCCCAAGCAUGGAGGCCUACUUAAAAAAGUCAUUGCUUUCAGCUUCAUCAGGGUGGAUCCUCUUGCUCCAUAGGAGUGGCCUCGGAGACUAAUUUUUAUCAUCGUCAUCAUUUUAUUUAUUGUUGGGAUAAAGGAAUUUGAGAACUUACUCAUGGUGGAAUUUUCUCACUUCCUUACUCCCCCCUCCGUGAACGAACAAAAACAUUAGAAAAAUCCCUAUUUUUUGCACAAAAACCCACCCCUUCGUGAGCGAACAAAAAUUUUUUAUGGAAAAAAUUUUUGAUAUAUAAGUGAUAAUUAGUAUAAGUAAGUCUCGAGCUUAUUCUGCUUAAUUUUAAACAAAUUGAGUGUUUUUAAAACAUAAAUUUUACAAAUUAAAUUGAUAUUUGCUUUUGCGAAGUGAGAUUUUUUAAAUUUCUACUCCCCCCUUCGUGAGUGAACAAAAAAAAUUUUUUUCACUCAAAAAAUUUAUAUAUAAAUUUUAUAAAAUUUUUUUUUUCGAAAUUUUAAAAAAAAAACCUAAUUUGCAAAAAUUGGGAAGCAAAUAUUAAUUUAAUUUAUAAAAUUUAUUUUUAAAACGCAAUUUGUUCAAUAUUAAACAGAAUUAGCUCGAGAUUUCAUUGCACUAAUUAUCACUUAUAUAUAAUUUUUUUUCCAUAAAAAAUUUUUUCUAUUAAAAAAUUUUUGUUUACUCACGGUGGGGGGUUUUUGAGCAAAAAAAGGAUUUUUCCAAUGGUUUUGUUCGUUCACGGAGGGGGAGUAAAAAAAAUUUUUUCUAUAAAAUUUAUAUAAUUUUUUUUAAAAAUAAAAUUAACCCACCCUAAGCGAACAAGAUAUUUUCUUCGCUCACGAAGGGGGGAAUUAGCAAAAAGCCUUAUCGAUCUUCAAAGGGUUUGCUUUAAAAGUUUUUUUAAAAAAAAAUUAUAGGCUUAAAAAUCCAAAUUUUUAAAUAUUUGAAAAAAGCAACCUAAUUAUUUUGCCAAAUUUAUACUGAGUAAUAUAAAUUGUCUAUAAUCUCAAUAGAAUUAAUAAAAUCUUGCAUAGCAAUUAUUAAUUAUAUUUAAAAUAUUUUACGUAAAAAUAAAAAUUUUAUAUUGCUUUUUCUUAAUUUUCCCAAAAAUAGGCAUCAUUCUAAUAGUUUUACUCGAUCUUAAAGGAGGAGAGUCAGGGCUUGAAAUCUGAUGAAGAUCCCUCUGAAAGAAUUUCUCAUUUUGGGUCAAACAAGAAAACUGAUAAAGAGCCACCAUCUUUCUGGAAAAUGUGUUGGCAAAUUUUUAAAGAUAAAAUAUUAAUAACCCUCUCAGUGCUUGGGUUCAUCAGCCUCGUUAUUGGCGCCACUUUGGCUGAGCACCCCGAAUAUGGCUGGAUUGAAGGUUUCAGUAUUUUAGUGUCAGUGGUUGUUAUUGUGUUAGUAACAGCAAUAAACGACUAUAAAAAAGAAAAGAAAUUCUUCGAGCUUCAGAGCAUUCAUAAGAGUAGACAGCAUUUUACCAUACUUCGAGACGGAAGCUAUAAAACAAUUCAUCCUGAUGAGAUAUUGGUUGGAGACAUUUUGAAAAUAGACCAAGGUUGCAUUAUUCCUGUUGAUGGAGUUAUUAUAACUUCUCAUCACCUUCAGGUCAAUGAAGCUUCUUUAACUGGCGAAAAUGAUAACUUACAUAAAGCUUCCUAUGAAAAAUGCAUCAAAAAAAUAGAGGAAUACUUAGAAAACAAUGUCCCAGGGCCAAACAGUAAGCACGAUAUUCCAUCCCCGAUUUGCAUAUCUGGAACUAAUGUCGUAGAAGGAGCAGGUGAAAAUACCACCCAAGCCUUGCUUUAGAUUGGGCUGGGCUAACGAUUCCCGAUGCCACUUAGGAAGUGGCAACCCAAUAUUUGUUGGUAAAACCAACUCCUGGUUAAAAAUCUUCAUUAUUAGGCGGAUUUACCAUCCAGAGGGUUUAUUUACCAACAAAUAUUGGUUUGUGACUCCCUAAUUGGCAUCGGGAAUCGUCAACACGGCCCGAGCUAAAACAAGUCUGGGGAUAUACUAGUCAUUGCUGUUGGUGAAAAUUCAAAAGAAGGAAGGAUUAAAGGACUUAGCAUAGGGGAAGACGAAAUUUCUCCACUUAAAACAAAAAUUGAUAAUCUCAUUAGUAGAAUUUCGAACGUAGCAAUAGCAAUUAGUUUUACUUCAGUGUUUGUGCUAUAUAUUCGAUUUUUUAUUGAAUUAGGAGUAGGAACAACAACAUGGGAUACAGAUGACGGAAUUAGAACGUUAAUUGAAUUUGUGGUUGAGGGAAUUAUUAUCCUUGUUGUCUCUAUCCCUGAAGGGUUGCCUCUUACUGUCACUCUGACAUUAGCUUAUGCUGUCAAAAAAAUGCAGCAGGAUCACAAUUUAGUAAAGAAAAUCCGAGCUUGCGAAAUCAUGGGAGGGGCUGACACUAUUUGUUCAGAUAAGACAGGAACGUUAACCAAAAACGAAAUGGAAGUCAAAUCCUUUUCUAUUAAUGCCAUUAUUUAUCAACGGUCUGAACUCAGUCAGCUAUUUCAAAAUCAUGAUGACUAUCUAGGCUUUUUUAAAGAUGCAAUAUCACUUACCACGACUGCACGAAUUGAUGAAGAUAAGAGAGAAAUAGGAUCAAAAACUGAACUAGCUAUGAUAAAAUUUCUUGAUAGCUUAGGUAUCACAGAUUAUCAAUUUAUCAGAGAUUAUUACAAAGGAAAAAUCAUCGCAAAAAACCCUUUCAGCUCUGUAAGAAAAAGAAGCAGCAUUAUUAUUCAAUAUAAUGAAGAUAUCAAAAGAAUUUACGUUUUAGGAGCUUCUGAAUAUAUCCUUUCAUCGUGUACGCAUACGCUUACGCCUCAAGCAACUAUAAAUAGAAUUAGAAAAAUUCAGAGAACCAAAUCAAAUAAGGAUAUAAACGAAAUGGCCUCAGAGGGGCUAAGAACUAUUGGCCUAGCAUUUAAAGAUUUGAGUGAAAGCGAAUUGGACCAAGUGAUUAAUAUCAAAAACUAUCAUGCUUCUCUUGAAGAAACAGAUUUAGUGCUUAUAGGUGUCCUCGGGAUCUAUGAUCCCCCUAGAGACGAAGUGCAAAAAGCUAUUGAAGACUGUAAAGCAGCCAGUAUUAAAGUUCGAAUGGUAACAGGGGAUAAUAAGGACACAGCGUUUUCUAUUGCGAAAUCUAUAGGCAUUGCGAAUAAAAACAGCCUUGUGCUAUCUGGAGAAGAGUUCAGAAAAGAAGUCGAAGGAAUCGUUUGUGAGAAGCACCGUACUGAAAUCUGUGAAUGUCAAAACUCCAAAGGAAAUGCCAGAAUUGACGUUGUUGGAAAUAUUGAAAGGUUCAAAGAAAUUAUCGAUAACCUAGAUGUCUUAGCAAGGUCUCAGCCAGAAGAUAAGUACAUCCUUGUCACAGGAUUAAAACAAUUAGGCCAUGUUGUAGCUGUUACUGGAGAUGGGACCAAUGAUGCGCCUGCGCUAAAAAAAGCAAAUAUAGGGUUUGCAAUGGGAAUUUCUGGAACUGAGAUGGCUCGAGAAGCAGCAGACAUAAUUCUUCUUGACGAUAACUUUAGUUCUAUCGUUAAAGCUGUUCUUUGGGGAAGAAGCAUUUAUGAAAAUAUUCAAAGGUUCCUCCAGUUCCAACUGUCUGUUAACCUAACUGCUGUUGUUGUAGCAAUUGUAGGUGUUGUUUCGAUAAAGUCAACAGUUUUGACCGCAGUUCAAUUGCUUUGGGUGAAUUUAAUCAUGAACACAUUUGCUUCCUUAGCUUUAGCAACAGAAUCGCCAUCUGAAAGCUUACUUACAAGAAAGCCAAAUAGUCCUAAAGACUCUAUUAUUACAAAUUUGAUGUACAAGCAUAUUUUUGGCCAAUCAUUUUUGCAAAUUUCGGUUAUUCUCGCUAUGGUUUUUGCUGGGGAAUGGUUUUUACCAGAAUAUGGAAAUACAAGCGAUAUGAGUGUUUUAGUAAACCCAGAUGACUCAAGUAUGGUAAGGUCUGGAAGACCUUAUCACUUGGAUGGCUCAAAAGACUAUAUUGAUUUCUAUGAUGACCCAGAUUAUGGGCCUAGUCGGCAUUUUACUUAUAUAUUUAACAUUUUUGUGCUGUUCCAGCUGUUUAAUGAAAUCAACUCUAGAAAACUAAGAGAUGAAUGGUGAAUCUUUUCUAAUAUAAGGAAAAGUAAAUUUUUUAUCCCAAUAUGGCUAUUCACAUUUGUUGUUCAAGUUAUAAUGGUGGAAUUUGGAAGCAUUGCUAUGAGCUGCCAUCAAGAAGGGUUAACUGUUGAGCAAUGGUUUAUUUGUGUUGCAUGGGCUUCCUCUACUCUUGUUUGGAGAUUUGUUUUGCUACUUAUUCCCCCUUUUAAUCUUAAAAGCAGGGUAGAUGAGGAAAAUGGAUAA